UAAGACUGCAAUACUACUCCCUUACAGUAGAUGUCACUGAAGGCACCGAGUGGAGCGUAAACAGUAGAAGAUAAAGGUAGCAGCUGCUAACGUGCUAGCAUGUCCCGUUUAUUAAGGAAUUAGCGACGACUAAAACUUAACGGUUUGAAAUGUUGCAUUAUGUGACGCAACCGUGUUUGUUUCCAUAUUAGUAUACAUAUUUAACAGCUAACAUACCGGUAGACAUGGACGCUCUGGUCGGAUACAGCGGCUCGUCGGACUCCGACAGCGAUGGGGAGUCAUUUGAUCGUGGAGGCGCCAAGACGGAUGUCAGUGAUCGGGCAGCACCUGACAUAAAGACGCGUAACUUUUUGCUGGAGUCUGCUUCAAGUGAAUCGGAUCAAUCAGAACACGAGAGUCCACAGCAGCCGCCAUCCAAACAAGAUCCGGCUACAAAGCAGCCAGAUCCUGCUUCCACGACCAUCACUUAUAAAUUACCUCCACCGAGGCUACAAGACUGCACAGAAAGCAGCGUGUUCGCCAAUCCCUUCAAGGCUCAGGCAGAACAGAAGCUCAGUGCCUUGCAGAAACAUGUCCCCCUCACAAUGCAGGCCAAGCCUUCACAGAUAGGAGGAAAGAGGAUAUGCACCUCUUACAGGAAAGAUGGGAGAUGCAGAUUCGGGAUCAAGUGCAAGUUUGCACAUGAUAGUGACCUUCAGACUGCGGUUAUUCCAAAUGACUAUUCUCCCACUGUGCUGAGUGGUGGAUCUCAGGUUGGGUCACAGGCAGGCAGUUCCCACAACCCUCGGAAAGAGGCCGAGCAGGAAGGGUCAGAAGGCCGGCGAGUGAAGAAGAGGAGGGUGGGAGUGAGUGACACAUUGAUCCCUCCUAAACAAGCCAUGAAGCAGUACAACAUGCUGAAGGGCAAAGAAAAGCUCAAUAUGUACUGAUGUUUUGUCACCAUACCAAUAAAUACUAAUGUGAUAAGACAUUUA